AAACAAAAUAUAUGUUACCAAUUGUUACGAAAAUAAAACAAUAUUCCAAAAUAAAAUUUUAUAGAACAUACGAGAAUUUUAUAUAUAAGGUUUUAUUUCAAAGAAGUUAUAGUUAAAUAUAUAACUUUGAAAAACUCAUAAUGGCUAUCCCAUCAGAGAGUGCCAUGGAUUCCAAUAUUUGCACUGAAAAGCCUGAGGAUAUCAAAACUGUUCAAUUAUUAGCCAAAGGACUCUUAGAACUGUAUGAACCUCCACUUGCAACUAUAAGCACUCAUUUGAAAGAAUUAACGGAUAAACAAGAUGCAGUUCACAACAUGCUCUUAUCAGAGAGACGAAGGCUGGAAGAUCUGCAAAAUGAUGUAACUCUAGAUGCUUUGUUGGCGGAUGUAGCAACAAGCAAAGAAAAACUAAAUUCAAUAUCAAAUGCAAUGCUUACUUUACAUAAAAGAGUGCACUCCUUACAAGCCCGGGCUGCCAAUGUGGAGAAAGUAGCGAAGAGCAGAGCUAUCCAAAGUCUAUCAAAAAGUAGUUAAAAACUGGAAAGUGCAUGAUGGACACAUUAUAAAUUUUUGAUCCAAAGUGUAUAGAAGCUUUAUGUAUAGUUUGAAUUUUUUCUGUUUGAUAGUUUAUUUUUAGUUACCUAGUUCGAUUCUCAUUUUAAUUGCAAAGAAGAAUAAUUAUUUAUAAAAAUGUUAUUAGGUAUUAAUAAUAUUAUUUUGUUUUAUAGGGUUAAUAACAUUUGUGGAAUUGAAAAGCAAAAAUAUUUUUAAAUUUUUAUUAAACUUAAUAAAAUAUACAUUUCCUUAUUGUGAUAAGACUGUGCAUUCCAUUAAAUUGUGUAAUAAAAUAGUUAUUGUCUAUGAGAUAUAUUUCCUAAGACUAAUGUUACGUUGUCACUAAGACUAGUUUUAAGUAUCUAACCAUUAGAUUGUAAAUGGCAGUUGAUUAAAUAAAUUACUAAAAAAGCAUUUUUUUACAAGUAAUGUGCGCAUAUAAAUGUUCUUUAAAAAAAUUGUUUGAAGCAAGUUGUAAAAUUGAAGUGAUUAAAAAAACU